UGUGUUUUGCGAAGCAAACGCGUGCACCAGCAGCAUCAUCCAUGUCGCGACAACAGCUCCACCUUCACCUGCUGACGCUGCUGACGGCCACGGUCGUUGCAGCAGCGGUGGUGCUUGUGGGAUGGGGUGGCAGCGUGUGCAGUGCCAAGGCUGUGCUGGUGGAGGACGGCGCCACGGGUGCCCUGCACAUCAACACAAGCGACCCGACUCAGAGCCCCGUGUUUGUGAAUGGAAUGGACGUGAUGAAGCUGUACGAGCUGGUGCAACAGCAGCAGAGCAUGAUUGAGGCCGGGAACGAGGUGAACCAGGCGCAGCAGCAGACGCUCGCAGCCCUGCGUGCCCGCGUGUGCCAUCCCCGCAUGAACCUCACCGCCAUCACAGGGGUGGGCACUGGCACGUACAAGUGGGUCGGAAGCGUGCUUGCUCCCAACGGGCUCAUCUACGCCAUCCCGCACGGCGCCACGGCCGUCCUCAUCAUCGACCCAGCGACAAACACAGCAGACACCACGACCAUCACAGACCUCGGGCCCGGCUACAAGUGGGCGGGCGGCGUGCUGGCCGAUAACGGGCGCAUCUACGCCUUUCCCAACGACGCCACCUCCGUCCUCGUCAUCGACCCGGCCACCAACGCCACCGACACCACGCUGGGAUCCUUUUCGCCCGGCAUGAGCCUGUGGAACAGCGGCGUGCUUGCGCCAAACGGACUCAUCUACGGCAUCCCCAGGCACAACGACUCUGCCCUCAUCAUCGAUCCAGCCAACAACACAACCGACAUCACCACCAUCACGGGACUUGGCACUGAGAGCAACAAGUGGUUUGGCGGCGCGGUGGCCAGCAACGGGCGCAUCUACGCCUGCCCCAUGGCCGCAGACGCAGUGCUCAUCAUCGACCCGGCCACCAACACCGCCGACACAACCAGCAUCACGGGGCUCGGCGACGGCCUCAAGUGGACCGGCACCGUGCUCGCGCCCAACGGCUACAUCUACGGCAUCCCGCGCGCCGCGUCAUCCGUGCUCAUCGUGGACCCCAGCAGCAACACGGCAGACACGACCACCAUCAGCGGGCUGCCCAGCGGCGACCGCAAGUGGUUUGGCGGCGUCCUCGCGCCCAACGGUAACGUCGUGGGCAUCCCAAACUACGCCACGUCCGUGCUGUUUGUGGAUCCCACCACCGACACUGCAGACACCACGUCGCUGGGCGGGCUGCCAACAGGCGGCAACCUCUGGAUUGGUGGCGCCGUGGCACCAAAUGGACUCAUCUACGCCACGCCCUACUUUGCAGACGCCGUCCUCAUCAUCGACUCAGACUGCUGAUUGAUGACGGCAGAUUGCUGUUGGCUUGAGGGUGGGCAGGGGGCUGUGUUGGAAGAUUGGGGGGGGGGG